AUGUCUGUCAGAAUGAGUGCCACAUCAGCCACAAGUUGCACCUUGGUGCCACCCCUUGGGCCCGAACAAGAGGACCAAGAGUGCUCUGAGACACACAUGUCUGUUUUGUGGUAUGCAGGGCAGCUUGCCAUUACUUAUUAUGAUACAGAAGAUUGCUCAAUCUACUUCAUGCCUGACGUGGCUGAUAAUGAAGACCUCAAGCUACUGCAAAAAGUGAUCGGGGAAGUUAGUCCUCGAUGUAUAGUGACCAGCGCAAAACAGGACCAGAAUAUUGCAAAAUUCCUGACCAACCUAACAACCAACAAUGGUGAUAAAGAUAUAAGAAAACCAGAAAUUGUCCUGUUUCCUAACAUAGAUUUUGGCCUAGAAGUAAGCAAACAACGGAUCCUAUCUAGGCAAUUUCCAUUCAUCCCAUCUCAUAUGACUGCAACGGAGAAAAUUCUCUACUUGUCCUCAAUCAUCCCUUUUGAGAGCCCUCUCAUGAUACGAGCCCUAGGGGGACUCCUUAAGUUCCUAGACAGGAGAAGGAUUGGAGUUGAGCUUGAAGAUAGCACCACUGCAGUUCCUAUUUUGGCCUUUAAAAAGUAUGUUUUGUCAGAUACUGUGAAUAUGGACCAAGACACUUACUGUGUCCUGCAGAUAUUUAAAAGUGAUAUCCAUCCUUCUGUGUACAAACUCUCUGGUGGAUUAAAAGAAGGAUUCAGUUUAUAUGGAAUUUUAAACCGUUGCAAAUGCAAAUGGGGAGAAAAACUGCUGAGGCUGUGGCUCACACGACCUACUCGGAACUUGGCAGAGCUCAACAAACGGCUAGAUGUUAUCCACUUCUUCCUACAGGCUCAGAACCAUGAAACGGUCCUCACUCUUCAAGGUUGCCUCAAGAAUAUUAAAAAUGUGCCCCUUAUUCUAAAAAGAAUGACUCUUUCCAACACAAAAGUUAGUGACUGGCAAGCACUCCAUAAGACAGUGUACAGCGCAGUGUGCCUUCGAGACACAUGUCGUUCCCUGCCCAACACUAUUGGACUCUUUCAGACCAUUUCACACAUCUUCACUGAUGAUCUGCAGUACAUUGGUAGUCUGAUCAGCAAAGUGGUGGACUUUGAAGGUAGCAGCUCAGAGAACCGCUUCACUGUUAGACCCAAUGUGGACCCCACUAUCGAUGAGAAGAAACGAAAGCUGAUGGGACUGUCAGACUUCCUUACAGAAGUGGCACGAAAAGAACUGGAGGCCUUGGACAAUCAUAUUCCCUCCUGUUGUGUGAUUUACAUUCCUUUGAUUGGAUUCCUUCUCUCCAUUCCAAGGCUACCGACUAUGGUGGAUAAGAGUGACUUUGAAAUCGAAGGCUUGGACUUCAUGUUCUUGUCAGAGGAUAAAUUGCACUACAGAAGUGCCAGGACUAAGGAGCUAGACAGCCUGCUGGGUGACUUGCACUGUGAGAUCAGAGACCAGGAAACCCUUAUUAUGCACCAGCUGCAGACAAAGAUCUUGGAGAAGUCUGAAGUGCUUAACAGUGUGGUUGAGUAUACUGCACACCUAGACGUGCUACUAGCUUUGGCAGAGAUGGCCCGGGAGAAUGCCUAUUGUAGGCCACAAUUUACUCAUCGCCAUGGCUUCCACAUCAAGGAUGGAAGACAUCCACUCAUGGAACUAUGUGCAAAGACUUUUGUGGCCAAUCCCAUUUACAGUGGCGAGGCUACCAGACGAAUAAAGAUCAUCACAGGGCCCAACUCAUCUGGAAAAAGUGUCUACUUAAAGCAAGUAGGUCUUAUAGUAUUCAUGGCUCUAAUUGGCAGCUACGUCCCUGCAGCUGAGGCAGAAAUUGGAGUGAUUGAUGCGAUUUACACAAGAAUCCACAGUAGGGAAUCAGUUUCUGUAGGGCUCUCUACUUUCAUGAUUGAUCUUAACCAGGUUGCCAAGGCAGUAAACAAUGCCACAGAGAGGUCUUUGGUACUUAUUGACGAGUUUGGUAAAGGGACCAACACGCUGGAUGGCCUGUCCCUUCUGGCUGCUGUUCUGAGGUACUGGAUCAGUCAAGGAACCCGGUGUCCACAGAUCUUUGUCUCCACUAAUUUUCACAGUUUAAUGCAGCUAGAACUCCUGCCUGACACACCUCUUCUGGAAUACCUGACCAUGGAGACUCACCAAGAUGGAGAUGAGUUGAUAUUUUUCUAUCAGAUCAAACAGGGCAUGUCCACUGUUAGUCAUGCUGCCAACAUUGCUGCAUUAGCAGGAAUGCCAGCCAAAAUUAUUGAAAGAGGAAUGGAAGUGUCAGAACUGAUUCGUAAUGGAAAAGCUAUCAAACGUAUUGAUCAUCCUUCAAAAGUAGAUUGGAUGGAAAAAUGUAAGUCUGUUGUGGAGAAGUUUCUUCGCCUAGACCUUGAGGAUCCCCAGCUGGACUUAGAAGAGUUCAUGCGUGAAGAGGUGCUGCCUUCUGCAGCCUCAGUCCUGUAG